GUUGGCAUUGUGGCUGGAGGGGAGAGAUAUCCUUCUCUCCGAUGUUGUGCAAUGUCCCGUUUCGACAAGUGGAAGUUGAUUUUUUUUGUGGUGGGGUUGAUUCUCGUGGUCCCGCUGUUUGUGAUGGUUGUCCAGUACAUACACAGCAACCCUUCACUUCUCCUCCCACCGUACCUAGGCCAAGGUGGAAUUUUCAACAGAACAAGAGUUUUCAGUCAUUCGAGAGAGAGUCCACAGCUCCAUGAUCUGCCUGGAUACAUCAGUAUGACAACAUUACAGCCUCUCCGCCUGCACUGCGACCUGUGCAGCAUCGUAUCGAGCUCCGGUCAGAUGCUGGGCCAGCGAGCGGGGUCGCUGAUCGACCGGUCAGCCUGCGUUUGGCGCAUGAACAACGCACCCACGGCCGGAUUCGAGACGGAUGUAGGGACCCGGACCACCAUCAGGGUGGUGUCUCACACCAGUGUGCCCCUCCUCACCCAGAGGAAGCAGCACUACUUUGGAGAGGCCAACGGGACCAUCUACGUGAUCUGGGGGCCCUAUCGGAACAUGCGACAGGAUGGGAAGGGGGGCACCUACAACGCGCUGCGGCAGAUAGCAAGGAGCUACCCCCAUGCCAAGAUCUACCUGACCACUGAGGAGCGGAUGAACUACUGUGACAAGGUCUUCCAGCAGGAAACAGGAAAGGACAGGAUGCAGUCAGGUACUUACCUGAGCACUGGCUGGUUCACACUCCUGCUGGCCAUGGAUGUCUGCCAGAAAAUCCAUAUCUUUGGAAUGAUUAAUGAUACCUACUGCAGAUUUCACAGAGCUGAAGGGCGUAAGAAAGUUCCUUAUCAUUACUAUGAAACUGGGAGUCAAGAUGAGUGUGAGAAGUAUGCCAUUCACGAAAAUGCCCUCCGUGGAGGUCACCGAUUUAUGACUGAGAAGGCUGUCUUUGCAAAGUGGGCCAAGACUCACAACAUAACCUUCUCACACCCAGCCAGCAUCUACCCUGAAUCAGGCUCUUAGAUUGCUGGACCACACCAACAGCACAGAGAGAACAAGAUCAUUGUCGCUCCAUUAUAUUCACUGUGGAAUCAUUUCUCCUUCUAUUGUCCAUCUGAAGACCGCAUAAGGUUUCACACAUGUCUGAACAAACCCCUUACAACUGUCAUGAAAGGAAGAGGAAAAAAAGCCAGCAACCAUUAUAAGUAUUCAUUUUUCACUGCUAUGGUGCUGUAUAUUAAAGAGAAGCACUUUAAGUAUUGACAUUACUGCAUCCAACAAAGUUUAAAUUACACUCUGUGUUUUAAAUGUGAUGUAGAUGAUCAAUAUGAUGGAGGACUCAGAUAGACAUGAGCCUUUUAAGCUUGACACCUCAACUCUGAGCCAGCUCAGGAAGUUGGAGGUUUCCUCAUGGUAAUGUUGCUACGUGAAUUAAAUUACAAUGUACCGGAAUCGAGUUCUACUGAGCAGCACAUUGAUAAAGGGGGCAGUCUCUAAUUGAUCAUCAUAUCAGUGUGACAGGCUCCGAGCUGGAUAUUCUGUGAUGCAUCUCUCUAAUUCUCCAGAAGUCUGUCCAGCAUUAACAAGGCGCAAGUCAGGAGUUUGAUGGAAUACUCCCAACUUCUUGGAUAAGUGCAACUCCAACAACACUCAAACUUGACGAAAUAUAGGACAAAGCAACCUGUUUGAUUGGACUACUGUCCAGCAACUUAAACAUUCACUCUCUUUACCACCUAUGCUCAGGAUCUCCAUCUGCAAGAUGCAACAACUUGUCAAGGCAUUUAUUUUGACAAACUCAUGUACUCUAAUACCUAGAAGGAUGAGGACAGUGGAUACAUUAGCCAUCACUUGCAAGCUCCCUUCCAACUCACCCACCAUUCUGAUUUGGAAAUCUAUUGUUAUUCCUUAACCAUCAAUGUGUCAAAGUUCUGCAACUCCCUUCCCAACAGCCCUGUGGGUCUACCUACACCACAUGAGCAGCAAUGGUUCAAGAAGGGACCUUAUUAGUUUUGGAAAGUUGAGGGCAGACCGAGGCUUUGAAUAGAUGUAGACGGGGAAGUAUAAAAUAUGAUGGCCAAGAAAGAUAUCUUACAUUCUUAUCUUGUUGCAUUGUAUACAAUUACUGAUGUAAUUGAGCACAGGAAAAAGGCCUACAGUCCAUCAGGUUUGGACCAGCCAACAGCAACCACCUAACUAUUCAAAUCCUAUGUUCCAGCACUUUGGCCUAUAGACUUGUAUGCCUUAGCAUUACAGUGUUAUCAAAAGUUGAAUUAAGUUUCUGUGAAGGACUGUUAAAAUGAAUUAUUCUGUUAGAAAUAAAUGGGUAUUCUUAAUAA